AUGUCGUCCACUGGAGUUGAAGCUGGAGAAGAACACAUUGGUGAAUCUGGAGCCACUUUGACCGAUGCCGAGCGUGAGUUGUUGAAGGAGGAAUUGAAGAAGGUGCGUUUGUUUUUGUUAUUGUUUCUUUGUUUAGAUCUAACUUUUGAUACGUUAAAUGACUCAUUCUUGUUAAGAAAAGUUAAUAAGUUUUUUUUAUAGACGGAAGAAGAAAUCAACACACUUCGUCAAGUUCUUGCCUCAAGACAAAAGCAUGCCCAACUUCUGAAGCACAAAUUGGGUAUCACACCCUUCGCCGAGCUGUCACAAGAACUCCAACAACAACUGAAGACCGUCAAGGACACGAAUGCCUACCAGAAGACGAGUGAGGUUGUGGCUGGUACUGCUGAGACAGUUUCGAACAAAUUUGCUGAUAUGAGAAACUCUUCUUUAUUCAAAUCGUUCGAGUCCAAGUUGGGAAGUGCUUUUACCAAUGUAAGUUUCAAUUGUUUGUUUUUCAAGGUCACAUCGAACACGUUAUUCGAAAAACAAACUAAUCGAUUACAGUUUGUUUGUGUAAAGAUACGCGACCUUUGAGUUUAUUAAUGGAUGUGCCACUUUUUUGGAAAAUGAUCUUCUGCGGUUUUUAGAUAAAGUGACAUCUGAUACAAUUAAAAAAUUAACGUUUGUCAAAAUAUAAAUAGUUAAAAUAAGCUAAAGCUAAAAAAUGUGAAAAAAUGAGUAAGGUGAUUGGUCUCAAAAAUGCUGUUUUAGGCAAAAAUGGCUGCCUCGACGAGCUUUGAUCACUUGGCUGGCGUGGCCCGGCCUCAGUCGCAAACAGGAUCACCUCGCAAGGAAAGCCCCACUUCUCCAUUGUCCUAA